GAAGAAGAAGAAGAAGAGGCAGAAGAAGAAGCAGAAGAAGAGAAUCAGAAAUAUCAUCAUCAUCGUCACUGGAAACCAAUUUCGCGUUAUGUUUGGGAGAGUUUAUCGUCACAACUCGUCCCCCAGCCAGUGUAUCUGAUUAAAAAAAACUCGAGUAAGGCCUUCGGUAACUGACGUUAAGCGACAGAAAGCCUGUUGUCCUCUCAGCACUUAGCUGCGUUCGUUACCCAGCCUUCAACCUGUUUGCCUAGAGGUUAGCUAACGCCACACCGAAAGCUAGCGAUGUGAACUGAGCUAGCCAAGCGCUGCCAAGGGAAGCCUCCACACUAGCCCACUGGUCUUUGCUCUCAUGUGCCCAUGGAGAAGGUGGCCUUUGAGGGGUGGCUGGAGUCAGUUUCUGCCUCUUUCCUUACGCUGAAUGACCAGCAACGUAAUCAGUCACUUGACCAGCUAAUUUCCCUUAGUGGUGCUGCCCAGCUACGCCAUCUAUCUAAUGGACUGGAGACACUGCUGAAGCGUGACUUUGUGCGCCUUCUACCACUGGAGCUGACCUUUUACUUGUUGCGUUGGCUGGAUCCUCAGACCUUACUUACCUGCUGCCUCGUGUGCAAGCACUGGAAUAAGGUGAUAAACUCCUGUACAGAGGUAUGGCAAGGUGUGUGUCGGGAACUUGGCUGGCGGAUUGAUGAGUCCAUUCAGAAUGCGUCACACUGGAAGGGCAUCUACUUAAAGGCCAAGCUGCGAAUGAUUCAAUUGAAGGACGAGGAGGCCUUCGAAACAUCUUCUCUCAUCGGCCACAGUGCACGUGUGUAUGCCCUCUACUACAAGGAUGGCCUUCUCUGCACGGGGUCUGAUGAUCUCUCUGCCAAAUUAUGGGAUGUCCGUACUGGGCAGUGCAUAUAUGGGAUUCAGACGCACACCUGUGCCACAGUGAAAUUUGAUGAACAGAAGUUGGUGACUGGGUCUUUUGACAACACCAUUGCUUGCUGGGAGUGGAGCACAGGGGCUAAAAUCCAGCAGUUUCGUGGCCACACAGGGGCAGUCUUCAGCGUUGACUAUAACGAUGAGUUGGACAUGUUGGUGAGUGGAUCUGCUGACUUCACUGUGAAGAUCUGGGCUCUGUCGGUUGGCGCCUGUCUAAACACUCUGACUGGCCACACUGAGUGGGUCACCAAAGUGAUACUACAGAAAAGUGAAGUAGAGUCUGUGGUGCACAGUCCUGGUGAUUACAUUCUGUUAAGUGCUGAUAAGUAUGAAAUUAAGGUUUGGCCAUUAGGGAGAGAAAUCAACUGCAAGUGUUUGAAAACUCUGGCCGUGUCGGAGGACCGCAGCGUCAGCCUGCAGCCACGCCUGCAGUUUGAUGGGCGCUACAUCGUCUGCAGCUCUGACCUGGGACUCUACCAGUGGGACUUUGCCAGUUUUGAGAUUAUCAGGGUGAUUAAAAUGCAAGACCCUCCAAAUAUCUCUUUGCUCAGCUUUGGGGAGGUUUUUGCUCUCCUUUUUGACAACCACUUCCUCUAUGUGAUGGACCUGAGGACGGAGGCUAUAUCAGGCCGAUGGCCUCUGCCAGCCUACAGAAAAUCCAAACGAGGCUCAAGCUUUCUGGCUGGUGUAACGUCCUGGCUCGAUGGCCUUGAUGGAGGGAAUGACUCUGGACUCGUAUUUGCUACGAGCAUGCCUGAUAAUAGUAUUCACUUAGUGUUGUGGAAGGAGAAUGGCUAGAGUAAUGCUCACAGAAACCUGCAAUGUUUGAUAUAAACUGCCAUUUCCAUGUGUGCUCUGGAAUAUAUGAAACUUCACAGCCAAGGUAGAUAAUGCAUGGACCAAAGUGCUUUUGUUAGGGUUUUUUUUUUUUCCAUAUGUGUUUAUGCAUGCUCAGUAAUCCAGGUAAGAAAAUCAAACAGGUGAAUCAGUUCACCUGGACACAGCGUUUAUUGACAGACACGUUUCAUCAUCAUCUAAGUGACCUCUUCAGUCUCACCUGACUGCAGGUACCCCCACCCUUAUAAACAAUACAUUAUCAUAAGGGUGGGGACACC